AUGCGGUCGAUACUAGGCCUUCUUGCCCUGGGCAUGUCCCUCUGGACAAUGACCCAGGCGCUGGAAGUCGGCAUAGACCAGUCAAGGGACGGCCAACAAUUCUGCGCUGGAAUGUAUAGCAAAAAGUCGUGGGGCGGUCCCGUCGACCCAUUCAUCCUCGUCAAGUUCCUAAAUAAUACCCUUCCCCAAGGCGACGAUCCUACAGUCAGUCUUGUGAUAUUCGAGUGGAAGGAUAAAAGUUUUGUGGGCGUUCCCUCCGAAAAUGGCGAAAAUAAUCUUGUUCCCUGCAACCAGGACUAUAUAAACAGCGGCACUUGUAACUCGACUGAUCUGGGCGAAUUUAUAUUGGCAGAAAACGCCACUGAAAAGUCGAGAGCCUUCAUUCUCUCCAAGGCUAUCCACCUCAAAUCCUCCGGCCCCAUUCGAUACAGCAUCAAAGAGACUGGUUACUACUGCCUCUUUACUCAGGGCUUCAACGUCGAUGAAUACUCCGCAGUCGCAGAAUUCCGCAACGCCUUUGGAGAGAUAUCGGCCACGCAAAUUCCCAAGCUCCCAUUCUACGGCGGCAUGAGCAUCCUUUACGCCCUAAUGGCAGUAUAUUGGGGCUUCCUCUACUAUCAGCAUCGCCACGACAUCCUUGCUGUGCAAAAUUACAUCACAGCGAUCCUGGUUUUCUUGGUCGUUGAAAUGCUCAUGACUUGGGGCUUCUAUGACUUCCAAAACACACACGGCUCCAAUGCUGGCGCCAAGGCUUUCCUCAUCGUUGUCGCCAUUCUGAAUGCAGCGAGAAAUUCUUUUUCUUUUUUCCUUUUGCUCAUCGUCUGCAUGGGAUAUGGUGUGGUCAAGCCCACGCUUGGUCGCACCAUGAUAUACGUCCGCUAUCUUGCUGCCGCUCACUUUGUGUUCGGGCUCAUUUACGCCAUUACUAGCCUGCUCUCCUCCCCGGAGAGUGUUGGACCGUUUGUGCUACUUAUUGUUCUCCCCUUGGCAGGCACACUCACUGCAUUCUACGUAUGGACACUCAACUCACUCAACUUCACGCUCAAGGAUCUUCGCGAACGCAAGCAGCAUGCCAAGGCGUCCAUGUAUAAGAAGCUAUGGUGGUGCAUUCUCAUUACCGUCUUGGUCACCUUUGCCUUUUUCUUCAUCAAUAGCUUCACCUUUGCCUCCGUUCACGACAUUGACUUUGUUCCGUCCCACUGGAAGACGCGCUGGUUCGUUCUCGAUGGCUGGCUUAACAUUGUCUACCUCGCCGACGUUGCCUGGGUCGCCUACGUCUGGCGCCCCACGGCCAACAACCGCCGUUUCGCCAUGAGCGAUGAAAUUGCCCAGGACGAUGAUGGCAACUUUGAAAUUGGCGAGAUAGGCAUGCCGGGCGACUCGGAAGACGAAGACGAAGAGGCACAUAUUGGCGGUACGAAACCCGUUGGUGCCGGUCCCAGUACGGGCGGCGCCCCCUCUGGCCAGACAAGCGGCAUCACAUCCGCCGGUGCCGCCGGUGCCUCGAUUCAAAAGCCUUCCCGCAGCGUACCUCGUGAUUCGAUCGAGGGCGAGACCAUCUUCGCCGUUGGGGAGGAUGGUGACAGGUUUUCCAUUGAUGACAGCGACGAGGAUGUCAAGCUUGUAAACAGAAAAUAG